CUUCGUCUCCUAAGAAGUCGAGCAAAGAUGCCAGCUCUGCCACACCUCCAGGCAAAGGGAGGACGCGACAAGACUCUGAGAGCAAAAGUAAGUCCAGAGGCAAAUCAGACUCUUCAAAUUCCGGCAAACGCUUCUUGAGAGACAGACAGAAGAGUUCCGCUCCUGAAGUCUCAGCGGGUAGAAGCCGACACCAAGGCACAUCUGAAGACGCCAAGGGUUUGAGCGGUACGCAGAAAGUGAACUCAGAGCAGCGCCCAACUAAGCGAGAACUCUUCAGCGAAGGUAACCGUAAGACAGUGGUCAUAGACGGCCACCAGCACAGCAUGGACGGGUCACCGCCCCGGGAGGUCAUGGUGGAAGGUCAAGGUCACAGGAAAGAACACGUCGGCGGCGAGAGGGGUAUCUUGGUGACAAGGCAUCACUCAGACGCCGAGGUGUACAGUGGGAAACACGCCCAUUUUCGAAACACGCCCACUGUCCCAACAACAGGAAACCCGCCCCCUUCUAUUACUAGCCACGCCCCUCCCAAGCCCGUCCCCGGUUCGAGCGAGUCCGUGUACGGGUACCACAAACAGGUGUCUACCGGUGGGUCAACUGGGCACCUCAAAGAUUCGUCAACGUACGAGAGCAUCGCAGGAUUAGGACUAGGAGGUCAGUACUUGACUAACUACGGCUCUGUCGACCCCCAGCCAGGUCCCCACGACCCCCACGGUGUGUAUGGCCGUGUGGCCGCCCGCCCUCCGUCACGGACCUCCACUCGGAGCGGCUCCGACCAGCUGUACCAACAAGGCUACGGCUCCUUGCCGCGCAGUUCCCGCUCGACCACGCCGACUGCUGACGCCGGAGACGGAGAGGAAGCGAGAGGCGUUUAUGCAGCUGUUAGCUCAGCGCUACCCCCAGUAUGCCGACAAGAUCCAAGGCAAAGCCCCGCCCCCUGGAGGAUCACAGCAGGCCACACUGGAGAAGCCGGCCAGGUCACGGGAUGGCCAGCGCAGACGCACCGCCGUGGUGACCUACGACCCUCACCAGGCCAGUAACACGUUGGAGUACGAUGACCUUGGCACCAUGAGUGACCUUGAACUCCCUUCCUUCCAGCGCGGCGGCUUCAUGAGGACUAGCCUGCCCAUCGUGAGGAGUGCCUCUACGUCACUGGAAAGACCGCUAGGUCUUGUGUUCCUCGUUUCCGGCGACCAGACAAAGAGGGCUCUGCUACCCAAUGAGAUCACCACCCUGGACACAGUUCGCGCGCUUUUUGUCCGCGCCUUUCCUGAUCUGACCCUGGAGAUGCUGGAAAGCCCUAGACGUAAGAUCUACAUCCUGGACCCAGCCACCAGCAUCUACUUCCAGUUAGAGGAUUUGGCCGAGAUAAAGGACCGGUCAGUGCUGAAAAUCCAUGAGACAGACAGUGACGAGCCCCAGAAGGUCAAGGAGAGACAGGAGAUCAGAGGUCGGACUGUCCAGAUGCCCACCAGUCGGCCACACUCACGCCAGGGUUAUGCUGAGGUGCCCGCGGGACCGACAGAAGUGUUCUCCAAGUCUGCAUCCCUGCCACCCCAAGCCGCGCAUGUGUACUCGGACAUGAUGCAGGACCAGAGGAUGCCGUAUGAGGUAGACCGACGGUCAAGGUCACGAACACCGGAGCCAGCGGAAAGGCCAAGGUCAUUGUCUGCUGGGGCCUCCUCUCGACAAAGAUACUCCCACUCCCCCGAUCGACUGCCCACCCCAGAGCGGGGACUCUCUCUCAACCCGAUACCGGAGAACAGGCAGCUCACUCCAGGCUAUCGGGAACAGCCUCCGGGCUUCUACGACCCCGCCUACCGGGGCGGGCCCGCCUACCCCAACGCCAUCUACGACGCCCCUGGAGCCUACCAGGGCUACGCCCCUUCCUCCCCCGCGCCUCAGGGUCAGGCGUAUGUCGCCCGGAGCACGCGCGCCGCCCCGCUCGCUCACCCACAGAGGGCCGUAGCCCCUGCUUCAGAUAUGAGAGAGCCCGGCGUAAGAGGCUCGAACCGCCACUCUCUGGCUUUCGCCCCUAUGUCGCCCGCCUCUGCAGCAGGCGACCAGGGCGGGUUCCAGCGGACCCAGAGCUACCGCCAGCCGCCCACAGAGAGAGACGGAGUUGAGUUGGCCAGGUCGCACUCAGUGACCCCGGCUGAUGACAUGACCAGGAACCGCAUCGAGAAGAUGGAGGCCCAGCUGGCAAGCCUUACCGCCUGGGUCCAUUACCAGAAGGCUGACCCCGCCCCCCGGGAUGUGACUCCGCCCCCUCGAAGCCUGGGCAGCAUCACGUCCACCUCUGACAGCUCGGACACGUUCCCUGCAUCGUCUGCCAGCAAAGACAAAGGAGAGAAUGCUCCUCCUAUUUCGGCUCUCGCUACAACUAACCAUGUAGUGCCCCAACAAGGCCUUUCGUCAGACAUACCGGACGGCCCCCACCACCUACACACCCACAGGUCGUCAGGGGAAAGCACUCCACUGAGCGCACAGGCAGAAGUGGGUGCCAAACUAGCACAGCUCAAGUCGGACCUGCAGGUGCUCCGAAGGCAGCAACAGCUGAACAUGGAAGCUGUGAGGGACGAGCUCUCCAACACUUUCGCCCAGAUCAAGAGCGUCCUGUCCUGUGUGCCGGGGGCAGAGAACCAGGUGAACGUACACAAGAGGGUGGGUGCCCUGCAGGUGAAGACUACUUACCUGAGUGACAAGCAGCAGGUGGACAAGGAGCUCGGUGACCUUGAGGCGAGUGUUGAAGAACUCCGCACAGAUGUCAUCUCUCGACAGUGUCGUGUCAAUAAUGCUGACGUAGAGGGCAUGGCUCUGUUGCUGAGCAACAUCACCAAAAAUCUGGCUGAUCUCAAAGCUCGAUUUCCGGAGAUCCAUGAACAGAUGAAGGAAGUGAUGGACUCGGAGCUAAGACUUGUUGUCUCGGAAGAAAAAUUCUUGAAGGAAGAACCGAAUGAGAUUGAGAACUCCCUGAAGAGGUGCAAGAAGCUGACGGGGACGCUCUACACCCUCAAGAGGCUGGCCUCGGUACAAGACCACCGGCCUCCUCAGGUGCCCAACAUGGCUGCGGCCCCAGUGCAAGAGGUGCCCGAUGCUGACCCAAAGUCGGCCGUACUAGAGAACAUCAAAGCCCUGGUUCCGGACCAUGACCAGAGAGUGCAGCACAUGGAGGCUGCCGAAGCAGCGAGAGAACGAAAGAAAAAGAUCAGCACCCAGCAGGAAGCUCUGAAGUUUGGCAAAAGUUUGGAAAUGGCCUCAAAGAACUUGCGGCCUCCAUCAGCGGCAGGUGACAGAAUCACCGAGGGAGUGUCUGAUGUGCCAGUGUCUCAAGUGACCACCAGUCACCCAAGUGUCUCUAAACCGGCUGUACCGUCCAAGCCAUCUUCUCUGACUGCAUAUUCCAGCUCAUCUUCUGCACCGACAUAUUCCUCUGCAGCAUCAACCUCCUCACUGCCCUCCGCAUCAACAGCCACAGUCACAACUGCAGCAUCAGUCACUACAGCACCGAGUGUAAGCUGCCCGAAACCGUCGUUCACAGCAGCGCUCACGUCGACAGGGAAGACAACGGACAAGCCAACAGCGACCGUUUCUGCUAUGACCAGCGCUAACACACCAGCGACUAACACUGUGUCGACCAUCGCUGCAUCACAGCAUGGCCCGUCAGUUGUCAGAGCCGUGUCGUUGCCACUGACAGAGACCACCGGACGUCUCAGCAGCAAUGUCCAGUCGGGCACGGGUGCGGUGACACACACAGUCAAAGUGGGCACCGAGACUGGCCACAAGUCAGAUAUGUCUGUAUCAACCUUCCCCACGGUCAGCCCAAGUAGCCCAGUCAAGCCGCCUGUGUUCACAAAGCCUGGAAAUCUGGUCAAAUCCCCUACCCGGGAGAAGCCGUUGAGUGUUACGUUCUCUGACAAGCCUUCUUCUGAGGGUGUACAGCUGAGGCCAAAGACAGAGGUCAGCAAAAGUGUGGCGUCCACUGUGACCACAGCGGUGGCAGAAGCAGGGCCAACUGCUCGAGUGUCUCCGCCCAAUGGGGACGUUCGGGCAUCUCAGAAAGAGGUCAACGGGCACCCUGAUGAUCUGCCCACUGUGGAGAAAGUGGACUUGGCCACACAGAAACAGGCUGCUCGCUCAGCUUUCUUCAGCUCCAUGAACACUCCGCCUACUUCCCCCGACAUGCACUCCCCUAACCGUAACUCCGCCCUACUAGACCCAAGCCCUGUGGUUCGUCCAGGCCCCGUUGCCACCGUCAAUGCAGGGGGCGUGGUGGGCAAAGUGACCCCUGGUCCCACUAUCAAUCUGGUUCUGUCUGGCACCGCAAGCCCCAAGUCCCCCACCAACCCUGGUUCUUUUUCCAUUAGUCCCCCAAAAGACCUGGCCUCCCCACCUCCCCCCAACUCCAAUACAACUACGAUAACAUCAUCCAGCAAGACAGUUACAUCCCCUCUCAGCUCGCCGUCACGGAGCAGCAUCCCAAUGUUAGUUGCAGACAAAUCUGAUGAUCCACCCCCUCCCCCUCCUCCUCUGUCCUCUACCGAGUUGCUGUCAGUGGAUACUUCAGCAGCAGGUGAAGUCACCAUGAGACACAAAAAAGUUCCUCCUCCUCCACCCCCCAGGAAGGGUAGUCGUCCGACUUCGGCGAAUCUAUCCCCAGUCAAUGGUGGGCUCAGUUCUACUGUCCUGAGGCCGCAAUCAGAGGAGACGCCACCUCGGUUUGUUGGGGGAGUCCUCGGUCAACACAGACUCUCUGGGGGUCCUCUUUCCUCCACACCAAAACCCAUCCCUCAGCAAAACCCACUCUCCAAGUUUGAGAAAGACAUUGCCACUGGACUGUACGCCAACUUGAACCGACCAGAUUUGCAGAAUCAGAAAAGCUCUCCGCAGCAUAUGCUAUCUGAAGCUAAGGCUCCGGCCAUCCAGGCUCAAAGUGACAGUAAAAGAGACAGCACUCUCUCAAGGAACUCUCGUGGCUCGAUUCGUAACUCAAAAGUGGGAAUUGAUGAGUACCCGAUGCCUCCCCCUCCCCACAUGACCAUGGCCCUGGACCGGGAGGAACGUGGCAGCAGCAGCGAGAGCACCAGCAGCAGCUCUGGCACAAGUAUGGGCUCCCAGCAGUCCGUGGUCAGUGUGGUACGUUCAGCAUCCAAUGCACAGGCACCGGCCAACAAGCCAAAGCCAGAACCCCCUCGCAGACACAGCAGUCUGUUAGCUAAGUUCACUGGCUCGCGAGACUCCAAGAGCAGCAUCAACAAUGGGAAGGCCAAUGUUAAUGGAGUCGAUUUGUAAUAUGCACUGUACAUAGUAAUCUUUCACUUUGAGCAUAACCAAGGAUUAUUUCUAUUUUAAAGAAAUUCUUAAAGGUUUUGGUGUAUGUGACGAAAGACAUUUGAUUCAUGUUUGUGUCCAAAGACUGUCACUUUUUAGAGAGUAAUUCAAAACAAAAAGGUCAUCUAUUUCUUCUGCUGUGUGACUCGCUUCAAAGGAUAAAGUCAAGUGAAAAGAUCUCCUGCUUCACAAUUUAUGCAUGUUGAUGCUCCCAGCAGCUUACAUUUGUUAUUUUUAAAGCUCAUAGUGUUUUAUUAGUUCCAGUGUGUCUCGGUUUCAUUUUUAGCCUUAUUCAUAAUGACUGCUUAGUGUAAGACUCCUUCAUACGCAACUUUUCGAAAUGGGAUAUGGUGGAGUCUUACAGCACACUAAGCAGUUGCUAAGAAGCGAUACGUUUUUGUUUCGAUCUGGAAAGCGCAUCUUUCUUGUCCUGGCAGUUUGUAGUGAAUGAGCUAAGAGUUCAUAUACAUACUUGAAAACACUGACUUGCUCAUCUGUCUCUCUCAGCAGCCAUGAAGUGAGAUAAAACUCCACUGCGGGGAAGGCAGUUGUUUCUUAGUGCAAUUUCUGAAGGUUGUGAGGAGACUGACCUAUUACAAAGCAGUUUGUAUAUUUUUGUACAAUAAUGAUGACUUGUUGUCCAUUGAUUCUACGACUUAAAAUAGAUAAUAUUUUGUAGAUGUUUCACAUUGAUUUUUAUUGCGUCUAAAUCUGAAUUGUAAUGCCUGCAGUCCUUAAAGUGAAUGAUGAACAUGAAAGUUUCAUGUAGGUGUUCCAGUUUUGAGACAGGAGGGUUCUCUUUGCCUUUGUGUGGGCUACAUUUGGCAAUAGACAAGCAAGUCACACAGUUGCCCAAAGUGUCUGUCAUGUGUUCGACUCGCGUGCCUCGGGCACUGUGUUGCAUCAUGCUGGGGGUCAAGUUGUUUCUGCUCUCUGCCGGAGUCAGAUUAAUGGCAUAUAUAUAUAUAUAUAUCAAUCACAGCAAAGGUAAAGUGAACUGUUUUGUUCCCAACUCUCUGCAUCACUCUGUCACAGGGGAACUCCUCCCAAACACUUCACCUUCUUCAUCUUCUGGAGCUCUUUGUCAUUUGGAAGACACCAGUAGAGACAGCCUUAAGACAACGUGCCUGUUAAUUCAUCCUCACCAAACAUUACCCUUGCCAGUCAUUUUUUAUCACAACUCACAUCAUCUAAUACUAAUAUCACCUCAUUUGGUUUUCAAAAUUCAACCUUAAAAAAAUAUUAAUAAUAAGAGUUCUGUUUGAUAGCUAAUCUUCAGUCUAAUUUAUUAACUGAAAUAGUUGGAAGAAAAUUUUGUGUCUAAUUUAUUAACUGAAAUUGUUGAGAGAAGGCUAUUUUGUAGCUAAGUUGCACAUCAGGCUCCACUGACUGAAAGGAGUGGUUUGACCUUGACAUACUUUAAAGAGGUAAUGUUGUCUUGUUUGUUGCUGAUGUCUCUCUUCCAGAUCAGCAUAUGUUUGAACUUUUUUAUUGGUCUGUAUAAUAUAUCUUUGUCAGGUUUUGUGAAACAUUUCCUUGAUAAAUUGACGCCUCCCACUUCUUUCAUUUAUCUUGAUAAGUGGAUAAAAUUUAAAGUAGAUUUUACUAAGAAUAAUUGACACAAGUUUUUCCUUUUUCCCGUCAAGACUUGUUGCUGAUUAGAACAGUCUCAAGGUUUGAUCAUUGACUAUCCACCUGGGCUACAAUAGGCUAUACUAGUCUCAUUCACUACUGCCAUCAACAUGUGUCCCAUCUCAUCCUGUUCUCAUUUCUUGUUGAAAACAUUGCUGUGCAUUUCUCCCCUUCAAAUUUGUUUAAAAAACUUUAUUGAUGCAGUGUAAAAAAAAAUAGAACUGAAUCAACGAUUUCUAAUGUUGGAAAAGAACAUCGGCCGCUUUCUCAUGGCAGCUUCUGCUUGUAGGAUUUAUAAUAUCUGUUGUUAUAUAUUUGUGACUUUAUGAAGUUUUCAGUAGUAAUUUCAGCAAAUCGUGGCUGGCUGAGCAUUUCUCAUUGGUCAUGAAGACAUUGUGGUCUAAUUUAAGGAUCCAGAGUCUGCAGUGACUGCUGUCUCAAAGCGAUUGUUUGAUAUGUCCAUACAUAAUGUAAUGAACUCUUGGCUGUGUUGCAGGUGAGAUACUGCUUGUGCGUAUUUAUUCCUUGCUUUGUAUUCAUUGUGAAAAUUCAUUUAAUUAAUGGAGUCUUCUACAUUUGAUUUUUAACUUGAGCAAUUUUUAUUUUCUAAAGCUUUUCAGCUGCCGGUAUUCUUAGUGAUUCAGGACUAAAGAACUGUUUCUCGCAGUUUGAAGGACUGGAAUCAAGUUUGCACCUUUAGUACUACGCAGUAUCUGUGAUUGCUUCUCUGUGUGUUCCUUAAGUAGGGCCUGUCUGUAGAUGUGAUGUGAGUCAACUCCUUGUCAGCAAAAACUCUGAAAUACUUAUCCCUAUAUGGAAACAGAUGUACAUGUAAAUGUUGUAAUGUUUAGUUUUACCAAUUGAUCUGCCCUCAUUUCAUUGUCCUUUUUUUUUGUUGUUUUGUCAUUCAUUUUAUUUCAGCUAACUCCUCCGAGCUUGCCUUCAGAAAGUUGAAUUACAUUUGGCUUUAUCCUUGCUCCCUUGUACAUACAUAUCUCCGAUUGCUGUCAGUUGUAUGUGGACGUCUGAAACAAAUUUCCUGCCUUAAACAAGCAGCUAAUAAAUUUUUCUGGAGAAAUUUCUAGUUUGGAA